AUGAAACUUCUUUCGAUCGUGUUUGCUUUGUGCAUUGUACUCGCCACCAGUUCUUUGGAAGAGGGAGAUGAAGCAAAAGUCAAGGAUGAACACACUCUCAUUCAUCCACUACCACGACAUUUGUUGGGGCCUUCGAAUACCAAGAAAGCCUUUAAGGAUGCUGCGGAUCCUCUCGAUGACUUAAAAACAGGGAAUGUUACUAUUGUUGUUGUUAUUGGAGGCGGCGGUGCUGGUGGCGGUGGAGGUGGCGGCGGCAGUGGCGGUGGCAGAGGUGACGUUGACGGGGCACCACAUUGA